AUGACGAGGGAGAUCCAGUACGUGGCUACGGCGGCAAGGGGAUCAGAGGGCCGAUCGAUGGUCGAAGAGGGAUGUGAGCAGCGGUGGAGGUGGGCGGUGGUGGCGAUCGUAGGGUCGGUGGAGUUGGCUGGAGAGGCAUAUGAGAACUCCAGGAUCUACAAGGAAAAGACCAAAGCUGCACACGACAAAUUGAUUGCCAAGAAGGAGUUCAACGUUGGCAAUAAAGUCCUCCUCUACAAUUCACGCCUAAAGUUGAUGCCUGGUAAGUUGCGUUUUAGAUGGGUUGGUCCUUUUGUGGUUACUCAUGUUUCUCCCUAUGGUGUAGUUGAGAUCAUGGACGGGUCGACUACGAAGAAAUUCACAAUUAAUGGGCAGAGGCUUAAACAUUUCUACGAGGGCUUUACAGAACACACAGUGGAGGAGCUAUCUCUCUUGGACCUUCCUCCAACUUGA